AUGGCCCCAAUCAAAUUGCACGUUGGUGUCUGCGGAGGCGGCAUGGGAGGGCUAACCGCAGCAAUCGCCUGUGCCCGGGCAGGAGCAAAAGUGACACUGCUUGAGGCUGCGCGGGAACUAGGUGAAAUCGGGGCUGGGAUUCAGAUGUUCUCAAAUGUGUCUCGAAUCCUGAUUCGGUGGGAUGUGGACAAGAUCAUUGGCGAUAACUUGAUCGCCGUGGAUGAAAUCAACACUUGGGGUCUGGACGAUGAAAUGCUGGCUCGCUUCGAUCCGAAGGAAGGACGAAAGCUCACCGGAUUUCCACACUGGGUCGUCCGUAGAGAUCACCUCCAUGCAGGGCUUACUGAAUGUGCUCGACGCAACGGCGUGGAAUUGAUUGUUGGGUCACGCGUCCAAUCUCUUGAGCACACCAAGGAGGGUGUCAAAGUCACGACAGUCCAUGGUGUUGAGCAUACCUUUGACCUGCUCGUCGGGUCCGAUGGCCUCAGGUCGACUAUUCGUCAGAGCCUAUUUCCGGACGCCGUGCCUAAAGCGGCCUCCACAGUGGCGGCUUUUCGUGGAGUGCUUUCUUACGAAGAAGUCUUUGCCCAAGUGCCUGAGGCCAGGAUGUGGCUGAGGAAUACAGCGGACGCCUGGAUCGGGCCCCACGGUUAUAUCCUGCUAUAUCCCCUAACGGCCGGCCGAGAAUUGAACGUGGUGGCAAUGUUCCAAAUGGACCGCGUCGUCACGAAGGCCGAGGAGAUGGAUAUUGAAGAAUUCCGCAACCUAUACAAGGAUUGGAGUCCAUUCGCACGCAAGAUCCUGGGGCUUCUCAAAAGCACACAGAUCUGGCCUUUGUUGGUGCUCCCUCCCAUGAAGAAGUGGUCUAACGAGCACAAGAAUGUUGUCCUCCUAGGAGAUGCGGCUCAUGGCAUGCAGAACCAUAUGGCUCAGGGAGCCGCCACCGCAAUGGAAGACGGGGUAUUCUUGGGGACAGUCAUCUCGGAAGUGGUGCGCGGAUCCAUUAGCCUCCCGACAGCCAUCGAACUAUAUGAGAAGAAGCGCAUGCCCCGGGUCUGGACCAAACAGCAAGUCUCUUUUGUGAACGGGACAUUCAACAUGGCGGCAGGGGAGGAUGCGAAAAAGCGGAACAAGGCAUCUCGACCCGAAGUUGAAUGUUCAGACCGAAAUAUCCUGCAGCCCAACAAACUGCUGCCACCGACAUAUCGAACAUGGCAACUGGCCUUCAGUCCAGUCAGUGUCCCGGCGAUCAUGUAUUUUGACGCGGAGGGAGACGCGGAGAACGCGGUGUGUGAGUAUUUGCAGGAGACAACACCGAUGGAUGAGACGACACUGGUGACCAAGGGGCUCUGGGACAAGUGGUGGGGAAUCGUCGAGAACAAUGGGAUCGAGGAAGGUCCUAGCCAGGUCACUGGUGUUGCGAGUUGA